CUUAACUUCUCCGUGUUUGAUUUGCGAGUAAAGCGUCUUCCGGGAAGAGCCGCUUCAGCAGCUCAGGACACUGACGACACACUGCUGUGAUGGACGACUGGAAUUUGGGUUUGGGGACCCUCAGUGAGGUGGCUCUUACCAGACUUGCAGAGAUGCUGGACAAUGCAAGGUGUGGGUGGAGACAACUGGCGAAAGCGGUCGAAGAGCAGCCGCGGUUCCAGUACAGCGAGAAGGAGCUGACCAGCUGCUCUCUGCAGGUCCUCAGUGCCCGGGGCAGCCCUGGCAGAUACCUGCUGGCCCUGCUGGCUGACAGGCAGUGCCCGCUGGCGUUCCUGUUGCAGUGCCUCACGAGAAUCGAGCACCACGAGGCCGCCAACUUUCUCACUGCAUGUGUGGUGCCAAUAGAGAUCGUGGAACAACCGCAGGGGUUGCAGGUACCAGAGGGCAGCGCCGUAACACUGAGCUGCAAAGCUGUCGGCCCUCCAGGACUCAACUACCAAUGGUUCAGGAGAGAAGAUGAGGUGCCAGGUGCCACCUUAUCAGAGCUGAUUCUGAAUCCGGCUCAGGAAGGUCACUACAUCUGCCGCGUCAAUGCCGGGGACAAGUGUGUGUUUAGCAAGUGGGCUUAUGUGCGAGUACUCAGAUCUGCUAGUUCAGGCUCUGUGAUCUUUCCUUCAUCGGUCAGUGGACUGUGUGUAAUAAAACAUCCCAGGGCUCAGGCUCUGUCUGAGGGGGAUGUCCUCUUUCUGGAAUGUUCUGCCCAGGCUAAUCCUCCUUCCCAGUUUCAGUGGUACCACAAUAAUCAGCCACUGGCAAAGGCUAACAGAGACUUCUUAAAGAUUCCUUGUGUAACGACAGCAGAUCGAGGCGUCUACAGCUGCAGAGCGUACAACCUUUAUCAUGAGAUAUGGAGCGAGCCGAUCUUAGUAGAAAUUGGUCCAGGAUCCUGCACUGAGACCUCUUGGCAGCCAGAGGUUCAAAAUCCAGUCAGCGCUCCCAGACAGAUGGGGGAUAUUUUUGCAACAGACAAGGUGGCGCUGCUGAUGGGAAAUAUGAACUACAAGCACCACCGGGAGCUCAGAGCGCCGAUGGCUGACGUGUAUGAGCUGAGUAACCUGCUGCGCCAACUUGACUUUAAGGUGGUCUCACUGCUGGACCUUGACCGACAUGAGAUGCACAGAGCCGUGAGUGAGUUCCUGCUGCUGCUCAGCCGUGGAGUCUAUGGGCUGCUGUACUAUGCUGGACAUGGCUAUGAGAAUUACGGCAACAGUUUCAUGGUGCCUAUAGACGCUCCGGACUCGUACACAUCGGACCACUGUCUCUGGGUACAGGACGUGUUACAGCGCAUGCAGGAACGUCAAACUGGCCUCAACGUCUUUCUGCUCGACAUGUGUCGCAAACGAAACCUGAAUGAUGACAUUAUCCAGCAGCCCGGACCGUUAAAAGUCACGGCAAACAUUGUGUUCGGCUAUGCAACAUGUGUCGAUGCUGAAGCGUUUGAGGUGAACAAAGACGAUCUGUCGAACGGGAUCUUCAUGAGUUUUCUAAAGAAGAGGCUAAUGGAGCAGGAUAAGGUCACGGUCAUGCUGGACCGAGUAGCUGAAGAUAUGGGCAGAUGUGUGCUCACCCGCGGGCGACAGGCACUGGAGCUGCGCAGUAACCUGUCUGAGCGACGGGCACUGACUGAUCGUAUUCAGGCGCCCGAAUGCCCGGUUAUGGCGUCAACACGCAACCUACAGUGGUCUAUUGCACACGCCCUGCCAGAGAGUUGUGUUCUUCAGUUUGAUUGUGGUGUGAAGGUGCAGCUGGGAUUUGCGGCUGAAUUUUCCAACAUCAUGAUCAUCUACACUCGGAUACUGGAGACCCCCGGAGAUAUCGUGACCUGCUCCGCCCAGCUGUCUGACUUCACAGAGGGCCCAGAGAUUGACCUUAAAUGUACAAAUCAAGCAAGUCUUAGAGAUGCUGGGAGUUUACUGCUCAUCAUGGACGACCGUCUACCACAAGAGCAACCGCAGCUCUUUACUCGACUCUGUGCUCUGCAAAGACUGAGGAGCGAGCUGUCAUUCACCGUGUGUCUGCACUAUCAGUACGCUAACCUCGACGAAGAGGUGCAUGAAAGGAAAACGGUAACAGUGGGUAAACCUCUGGUCUCCAAACUGAACCUGCAUGAACCACAGCAACUUCACCAAUCACCAACAUCUCUCUCUUCUGAUUUUUACUCUCUCGACAUGCUGUCGUCAUCAUCGUUUGCUCAGGAACCGGAGGCUAAUAUGCCUUCCGUAGAACCUUCUUUAACGGAAUCGGCUGCGUCCUACUAUUACCAGCAUGAAGAGUACUGCACUUCUGAUGUGAGGAGGAUAAAUGAACCAGAAGAGAACUUGGGCCCGGAGUUCUUUCCAUCGGAUGAGCCUUCGGUUUCUAAAAGUUUGCCCUGUGGUGGUGCUGAUAAAACUUUAAAACUUAGCAACUUUCAUUCCCUUUAGGGUAAAUGUGUUGAUGGGCACCACAGCUUGAUUGUACUCAUAAUUAUAGGAGGGAUUUUGCACUUAGUAGCAUGAAGGUCUUAUGUAUGUUGUAUAAAGUCACAGUCUUUUAUUUUAUUACACUAUUUUGUUUUGACUGUUUUGCAUGACUUUAAAAUUAACAUUUGUAUGUGAUUUUAUGUGAUAUGUCACACUAUAUGGCCAAAAGUAUUUGGACACCCUUUCUCAGAUUUGAAUUUGUUUCAGCCACAACAGUUGCUAACAGGUGUAAUAAAUCAUUUAUAGAACAUAAAAUAUGCACUAUAAAUGCUUUUUUUGUUUUUGAUUGCUUUGUUCUGUGUGCUUUUAUUUUCUAAUGAAUCUGACCACACCGCAGUCCAUGCUGCUAAAAAGCAUCUUCAUAUUAUGAUAUUAACAAUAUUGUAUAGUGUUUAAGUAUAUUGCAAUACCUCCUUUUAAUUAAACUGUUAUGACUUUGGGUACUAACAAUGUUUUGUAUCGUCUGUGAGCAUGUGAAAUCGUUCUGAUCAGCAGACUGGAAUGUCUUCUCUGGUGCUGUACGUGUUAAAACAGCUACGGUAUACAGCGACACAGUCAGUUCCACAGUAAACCAGUCCCUUAUAAUGAAAUAAAGGUAGAAUGCACAAAUUA